AUGGAGCUACUGAGCCAGCUGUACCAAGAGAUUGCCAACUCUUACUCAACCAACAACCCAUCUGAUGUGAGCAGUGUUCUAGAAAAACAUUCUGGCCAGCUCAAUAGAGACCAGAACAUGGGCCUCGGUAAGCAAGUGGUGUCAUCACUAUACCGAAAGAAUAUCCAGCGACUUACAAAAACCUUCCUAACAUUAUCUCUGAAUGACAUCGCCAGGAGAGUUCAUCUACAUGCACCGCAAGAGGCUGAGCAGUAUGUCAGAAAUAUGAUUGAAGAUGGUGAGAUUCAUGCAACUAUCAGCAAACAGAAUGGAAUGGUCCAUUUCCAUGACAACCCAGAAAAAUAUGACAACCCUGCAGUACUCAGACAUGUUGAACAACAGAUGCAGCAUUGUAUCAGUCUAGAUGAGAAGCUCAAGAGCAUGGAUCAAGAAAUAGCUGUUAAUCCACAGUAUGUUCAAAAGAGCAUGGGAGUACGAGAAGACGAUGAAGUGGGCGGAGUCUUUGGAGCCGAGGGAAAUAGGACACACUGCAAGAAGGAUGAGUUUUUAUCAAAAGACUGCAAUAAGCAGGGACUCAUGAAUCUCAUUAGUGAGGAACUGAGGAAGGGUAAUUGCACCGUCAGCAAUGUAUCCGGGGAUGCAGAUGUCUUAUUCUUCAGUCAGGUGGCGCUAGCUGCACUGCUGUGGCCAUCACAAGUUUACGCCACUCAGCUGUUGCUCUCGUUGCCUCUGACAGCUUUUUCCAUGCAGAUGCAGAUGUACAUAUUGCUAAAGCUGCAGUGA